CCUCCUCCCGCCGGCCUCCGCUUCCUAGAAUCCAAGAUGGCGGGAUCCAGGCAAAGGGGUCCCCAGGCCAGAGUUCGGCCUCUUUUCUGCGCCCUACUGCUGUCGCUUAGUCGCUUCGCCGGGAGCGACGGCAUGGGAGGCGACCCUGCGGCUACUGGUGCCGCGGGCACCGCAGCCGGGUCGCCACACCGGCGUUUCGAGUACAAAUACAGCUUCAAGGGACCGCACCUGGUGCAGAGCGACGGGACAGUGCCCUUCUGGGCCCACGCGGGGAAUGCUAUUCCAAGUUCAGAUCAAAUUCGAAUAGCACCAUCUUUAAAAAGCCAAAGAGGAUCAGUGUGGACAAAGACGAAAGCAGCCUUUGAGAACUGGGAAGUUGAGGUGACAUUUCGAGUGACUGGAAGAGGUCGAAUUGGAGCUGACGGCCUGGCAAUAUGGUAUACAGAAAAUCAAGGCUUGGAGGGUCCUGUGUUUGGAUCAGCUGAUAUGUGGAAUGGUGUUGGAAUAUUUUUUGAUUCUUUCGACAAUGAUGGAAAGAAAAAUAAUCCUGCUAUAGUAAUUAUAGGCAACAAUGGACAAAUCCAUUAUGACCAUCAAAAUGAUGGUGCUAGUCAAGCUUUAGCAAGUUGCCAGAGGGACUUUCGUAAUAAACCCUAUCCUGUCCGGGCAAAGAUUACGUAUUACCAGAAAACACUGAUGGUAAUGAUCAAUAAUGGCUUCACACCAGAUAAAAAUGACUAUGAAUUUUGCGCCAGAGCGGACAAUCUGGCUCUCCCUUCCCAAGGGCAUUUUGGAGUAUCGGCUGCAACUGGAGGUCUUGCAGAUGACCAUGAUGUCCUUUCUUUUCUGACCUUCCAGUUAACUGAGCCUGGGAAAGAGCUGCCUACGCCAGAUAAAGAAAUUUCAGAAAAAGAAAAAGAAAAGUAUCAGGAGGAAUUUGAGCACUUUCAACAAGAAUUGGAUAAAAAAAAGGAGGAAUUCCAGAAGGGCCACCCUGACCUUCAGGGGCAUCCUGCGGAUGAAAUAUUUGAGAGUGUAGGAGACCGCGAGCUGAGACAAAUCUUUGAAGGACAGAAUCGUAUCCAUCUUGAAAUCAAGCAGCUGAACCGACAGUUAGAUAUGAUUCUUGAUGAACAGAGAAGAUACGUCUCUUCGUUGACAGAGGAGAUUGCUAAAAGAGGGGCAGGAAUCCCAGCCCAGCAGGGACAGAUCACCCAGCAAGAGCUGGAUACCGUUGUGAACACUCAGCACGAGAUCCUGAGACAAGUAAACGAAAUGAAGAAUUCCAUGAGUGACACCGUCAGACUGGUCAGCGGCAUCCAGCAUCCCGGGUCUGCCGGGAGCAUUUAUGAGUCAACCCAGCACUUCAACGACAUCAAAGAGCACCUGCACAUCGUGAAGCGGGACAUAGACAACUUAGUGCAGCGAAACAUGCCAUCAAAUGAAAGACCAAAAUGCCCAGAGCUGCCACCAUUUCCAUCAUGUUUAUCUACGAUGCACUUCGUUAUAUUUGUAGUGGUACAAACGGUGUUAUUCAUUGGUUACAUCAUGUAUAGGACUCAGCAAGAAGCAGCUGCCAAAAAAUUCUUUUGACCCCGUUUUUCAUAUGUGUACAUCAUGUAUGUAUAUACAAAAUGUUGUCUUUUUGAGGGAAUUUAAGUAUUUAAAUUGCUUCAUAGUCUAAAUUAUUAAAUUUUGUAUAAAAUGACUGUUUAAACAUUGAUUUGCAGUAAGAAUAAACCUUAAAACAAAGACAACCACAUGUAAAUUUGUGCAUAGUACAUAAAUCUAUUUAAAUUUCAGUGAAUUUCUGGCCAGUAGAAUACAGCCACUGAACAGAAUAUUGAUAAAUAAGAUGGUAAAAAAUAGAAACUAGGGGCAGCCCCAAGAUGUGAAAUUUACCCCUUAGUCUCCAGCGUUGGAGGUUUCUUUAUUUAACAUAAAUACACUUGCCUUCCUAACCCCCAAACUAUGUAGUCUAACUUAGAGCUCCCCAUCACGUUUAUCUUAAAACCAGAGCCUUUUUUUAGAGGUCAGAGUUUCCUACUCUAAGACCCAGUCCAGCAGUCCUUUUAUCCAAUACAGUUCCCUUUGAAAUCAAAGAAUAUUUUGUCUGAGAGCUUUAGGAUGUAGGUAACAGGCUUCAGAAUGUUGAAGUAUCUUUCCCUCUGAUUAUCAAUGAUAUAUUUCACUUUUAAAGGAAAUUUGGGGGGAAAAUUAAUAGCUGCUCUUUGCCUGAAAAACCAUUUAGGUGAAAAUGUUCCUCUGAUCAUGGUUUUCAUGGUUUUGCGUAGUAAUGUGCUCAACUCAUGCCCGCUCAUACUCGUGAACGUCUCUAUGCCAACAGCAUCAGUUCAACAGUAUGAACAUCAUUUUGGGAUUUAAGUUUGUAACUUAAGGAGCGUCUCCCGUUUUGUAUAGUGUAAAUGCAGCCCAGAUUGCACGUCCUGGGGAGAGUUUAAAUUCACCAAAAAAAACCCACCACUGAGUUUUGGUUACAUCACUUCAUAUAAUCUGGUGUCCUUUAAAUCAAGGAGACUGGAGUAGAAACAGUGUAGACGUUUGAAGACCAAAUUUGAAAAACAGAAUUUACACUUCUGAUUUCUUCUUCUUUUUUUUUUUAAUGCCAGAACUAAGGAUAUUGUGAAGCACUUGUUAGGAAGCUUAACCUUGAAAUGUCAGACUGCAAGGGGUCACUGUAGUGUUUGUGCAUAGUGGUCCUCAGUGUUACAGAAUCAGUCCGGAAAGGACAUUUGAACAUGCAGACUUCAUGUUGUUUUCACAGCUGAUGUAGACCUGUUUUUGCUGACUUCAAAAUACUUCUAUCUCUUUUAGCUAAGUUGUUAUCUUUCAUUUGUCAGAGAACCCAGAGUAAGAAGUUACACUGUUGUAUAAAACAGUACCAUUUCAUUCUUCUAAACCUUCAUAAAUUUGUUCUCAAACGUCAUUUACAGACUGGGCUAACCGCCUAAAAUCUGUACAGAGACUCUGAGGAACUCUGCAUUGUAGCAGUACCUACGUCGUACUAUGUACGCAGACAGCCCUAGCAUUGCUUUUCGUGUUAGCGUUGAUCCCGGAAUGCUGAGUAAGACUAUUCUAAUGACUGCUCGCUCUGCUUCAGUCACUUUAACAGAGAAAAUGCUUCUCUGGUGUUUCUCUCCUUUGUGGUAUUCACAUCUUGAAAUUCAUGUUCCAGAGACGCCAUCACAGAAUUUGCUCUUAAUCUGUGG